CUGUGAACAGAACGCAUGUAAACUGGUCUUUGUUGUAGUCUUUGGUGGCGAAGGCACUGGGUGUCCCUGCUAACAGGGUGGUGGUCCGGGUGAAGAGGAUGGGCGGAGGCUUCGGGGGGAAGGCGAGCCGACCCACCAUGUUGUCCACUGUGGUUGCCGUCGCAGCAAACAAGCUGAAGAGGCCCGUCAGGUGCAUGUUGGACCGAGACGAGGACAUGCUGAUCACUGGAGGAAGACACCCCUUCUAUGGGAAGUACAAGGUGGGAGGGCACCCCCUGCUGGUGAUGGAUCCUUCAGCAGCUGCACUAGUUCUUGUAGCAGUAACGGUAGUUUUAGAAGUAGCAGUGUUUGUUCAUUGUCCUGAUCAAGUCCUCUGUCACAAUUGGCCUUGUGUGGGUCAAUAAAACCAUAUCAAACUGAAUUUAACUGGCAUUGUGCUGGUUGGUAGGUUCCUUACACUGGUUAGUAGCAACAGAAGAGUCCACUGAUGUCUUUUGGUGAUGAUUUUUGUAUUGGCAUCUCGAGUCUCCCAUAUGAGAAAUC